ACCCAUCACUCAAACCAAAACACAUUUCAUCAUACUAUACUCUUUACUAUAAUAUUAUCCUCUCUAUUUUUCAUUAUCAUUAACAAUAUGGAAAUGGUUAGCAAAAUUGCAUGCUUUGUUCUUUUGUGCAUGGUAGUGGUUGCACCCCAUGCAGAGGCAUUAACUUGUGGUCAAGUUACUGCUGGCUUGGCUCCUUGCCUCCCUUAUCUUCAAGGCCGUGGCCCUCUAGGAGGCUGUUGUGGUGGUGUUAAGAAUCUGUUGGGUUCAGCCAAGACUACCGCGGAUCGAAAGACAGCAUGCACUUGCUUGAAAUCAGCUGCUAAUGCUAUAAAGGGAAUUGAUUUGAACAAAGCUGCUGGUAUUCCUAGUGUUUGUAAAGUUAACAUUCCUUACAAGAUCAGCCCCUCCACUGACUGCUCCACGGUUCAGUAAAGUUGAUCAUCAGAAUAUGGAACCAUUUGAGGAGAAGUUAUAAGAAUAAGAUGAAUGGAGUGUGAUCCUGCUUAUGGAUCCAUUAGUUAUAUGUUGUGUUUGUUGUCUUUUUGUUUCUUUUUUCGUUUUGUCUUUUGGGGGUCUUGUAUCGAAACUUCACUAUCGAUGGAUUGUAUUACUUUAAUCCAAUCUUGAUAAUAUAUAUCUAUCUUUUUUAGUA